AUGUCCCAAGGACCUCAACGCUGGUACGACCUCAUCUGGCUCCUUGGCGCUCCACUCUCUAUUUAUAUCUGGAACAUGAAGCACAAAGAAAGAAUCGAGCGAGCGAGAGCACUCGAAGCACAGAAUAUUGCAGGAGCUGUACCUGAAAGACAGGAAGAAGCGCCUCAGCAGGAUCCGUUCCACGUCUUCGAGCAGAGCAAGAGACGUUGGACGCCCGCUGGCAAAGAUGACGAGCACGAUCGCAGAGUGGCGGAGCACAUCGCCUACGAAGCAAGACUUGCACGCUCAUCACCGAAGAUCGUGAAGCUAGCGUCAGGAAAGACGCUGAGCUUGGAGGACUGA